AUGAUCUUAUCAACAAUUUAUAAACUUCAUGUUUACUUCGAUAGUUGGUUAGUUAGUUUUUGAUCAUCGUUCGUAGUGCUUGAUGAUCGUUUGUACACGUGGCGUGGAAUAAUGGCAUCCUUCCUUGAAAAGAAAACUCUAAUUUUACGCAACUUACAAGAAGUACUCGGUGAAGAUAAGCUUGAUGCCAUAUUAAAAGAAAGAGAUUUAAAAAUUUAUUGGGGUACUGCUACUACAGGACGACCACACAUAGCAUAUUUUGUACCAAUUUCCAAAAUAGCAGACUACUUAAAAGCUGGUUGCGAGGUUACAGUUUUAUUUGCUGAUUUACAUGCUUAUUUGGAUAAUAUGAAAGCUCCAUGGGAAUUAUUGGAGCUUAGAGUACAGUAUUAUGAACACUCAAUUAAAGCCAUGUUAAGUUCAAUUGGAGUACCAUUAGACAAGUUAAAGUUUGUUAGAGGAACAGAAUAUCAACUUUCAAAAGAAUACACAUUAGAUGUAUACAGAUUAAGCUCUUCUAUAACUGAACAUGAUGCUAAGAAAGCUGGAGCUGAAGUUGUUAAGCAACUUGAUAACCCAUUAUUAUCUGGAUUGCUAUAUCCUGGAUUGCAAGCAUUGGACGAAGAAUAUCUUAAAGUUGAUGCUCAGUUUGGUGGAGUGGACCAACGUAAGAUAUUUACUAUGUCUGAAAAAUAUCUUCCACAGUUAGGCUAUGCUAAAAGAAUACAUUUAAUGAAUCCAAUGGUUCCUGGAUUAGCAGGAGGUAAAAUGUCCUCUUCUGAAGAAGACAGUAAGAUUGAUUUAUUAGAUUCACCAGCAAUAGUGAAAAAAAAGUUUAAAAAAGCCUUCUGUGAACCAGGAAAUAUUACAGAAAAUGGAUUACUUUCAUUUGCUAAACAUGUAAUAUUUGGACUGUUUCAACCUGAUGAAAAAUUUAAAGUAUCCAGAAAUGAAGCUAAUGGAGGAGAUUUAAAUUUCAGUACAUAUGAAGAACUUGAAAUUUGUUUUUCUGAACAAAAACUCCAUCCAGCUGAUUUAAAAGCAUCUGUUGAGUUUUAUAUCAAUCGGUUGUUAGAUCCAAUUAGAAAAAUAUUUGAUACACCAGAAUUACAAGAGUUAGUUGCUAAAGCAUAUCCUGCUCCAGUAAAGCCUAAAAAAACUGAAAAAAAUAAUAGUAAACAACCAGAUGAAAUUUCACCUUACCGUUUGGAUAUCCGUGUUGGUAAAAUAAUUGAAGUUUCGAAACAUCCGGAAGCUGAUGCGUUGUAUGUUGAAAAGAUUGAUGUUGGAGAAGAUCAGCUUAGAACCAUUGUCAGUGGUCUUGUGAAAUUUGUACCAAUUAAUGAAAUGCAAAAUAGAUUGGUUGUUGUUUUAUGCAAUUUAAAACCUGCUAAAAUGAGAGGAGUUGAAUCAAGUGGAAUGGUUCUUUGUGCUUCAGCUGAAAUUGAUGGUGUUAAAUUUGUGGAACCUUUAGAACCUGUUGAAGGGAGUAAACCGGGUGAUAAAGUUUUUGUUGAGAGUUAUGAACAGGGUGAACCAGACAAAAUUUUAAAUCCUAAAAAGAAAAUUUGGGAACAACUACAGGUUGACCUAAAAGUUUCUGAUUCAUGUGAAGCUCAAUGGCAAUCUCAUAACUUGCGGACAAGUAUUGGAAAAAUUUUAAGCAAAUCAUUAAAAAAUGUUCAUAUUUCUUAGUAUUUGAAUGUUUAUGAAAUAAAAAUGUUUUACUGAAUCAAAA